CGAAACGCCCCGACAUUCCAGUGUUUGUGUUCCGCCCGCCGACUGACGGCUCUUCCAUUCACUGCACAACUGAUGAGUCCCUCAACUCAUAACUGUUUAUCACUUAUAGAGGGCGUUGUGUCGCGCAGUCGCAGUCCAUAUAAGUGACGGAACCGUGUUUUCGGUCAUUAGUUUAGGACAACAGAGGCGUCGUUCGAAUCGGUUUUCAAUUGAAUUCCAAUUGAUUUUCAACACUUCGGCAGUUGUUUAGCAGAGUCUCUGUCUUUGAAGACAAUCGUCAAUCAAAUCAAAUCAUGUUUGGAUUGCGUGUCUUUCGUAGUUCGGUAACCGUCGGCUUUCAACACUUUCGCCGACAACUGUUGUCCACUGGAGUGGUGUGUCGUUCGCCGUCAUGGGGUCCGCCUCCGCCGGCCGUCGAUCGCAAGGACAUAGAGUUCCGUGUUUUGCAAUGUUUAUUACGAAACGAGAAAAUCGAUAAAAACAAAUUAACACCGAAUUGUGAUUUAAUGACUGAAUUGGGUUUGGAUUCUUUGGAUUUAAUCGAAUGUUUGGUCGAAUUGGAGGACGAAUUCAAUCUCGACUUGAAUUCCAUUCAAAACCAAAACAUAAACGUCUGUCGUCUCGUCGAUCACGUGACCACUCAAUUGACGAAUCGGAACACAGAAGAGAGUCGUCGUCCGGACGUCGUCUUCAAACCGGGAUUUUCUGCCGAACAUCCGAUGCCUUGAAAUGUUUAUUUGUUUGAAAUAAUAGUCAUUAGAAAUGCUGUGAAUAUACGUCUGCGCGCUUCGUUGAGUCCCUUAAGCUUUGAUUUGAGUCGACAUUGAGUCCGAAGAAUGGAUACUUCGGCCGACGCAACGGCCGACGCCAAAACGCCUUUCCUGCAGCCGCGCCCCCCGCUGCCCACUACCGUGCGUUUGACGCAACCGACUCGGUCGUGGGCGGCGGCGCUUUGGGUGUGGUUCGGAGAGAACUUGCUUUUGGUUUUAACGGUUUUAUCGGUUUUGUUUGGUUUUAUCGGUGGAUGUCUUCUGCGAUGGACGGAAUAUUCGGACGAAUUCGUGAUGUUGAUUGGUUUUCCCGGAGAACUGUUGAUGAGAAUGUUGAAAAUGCUAAUCAUUCCACUAAUCGUCUCUUCAUUAAUCGCCGGUUUAGCCCAACUCGACGCCGCGUCGUCCGGAAGAAUGGGAUCCCGAGCGCUCGCCUACUACUUCGGGACGACGCUUCUGGCCGCCUUCCUCGGCAUUGUUCUGGUGCUGCUGAUUCAUCCGGGAAAUCCGCGCCUAAAAGCAGAACAAUUGGGAAAUCAGUUGAAAGAAGAACAAAACACUCGCGUUUCCACUUUGGACGCCAUGUUGGAUCUGAUCAGAAAUAUGUUUCCCGAAAACCUUCUUCAGGCUGCCUUUGCUCAGGUGCGCACAGAAUUCGCAAGAGGACCGGCCGUGCAGCCGUCGUCCGUGGAGGACUGGUCACGUGUUGAGAACGUGAGCCGCGAAGUUCGUCACUUGAACGGAUCCAUUGGGACAGAGGUGUCGUAUCACGUCUUGGAACGAGUGCUGCCCUACCGCGACGUCCCGAACGUCUUGGGUUUGAUCGUGUUUUGUUCGGCAUUCGGCAUAAUCUGCGGCCAAUUGGGCGCCGAAGCGGAACCGAUGAUUCGGUUUUUCGUGAUUCUCAAUGAGAUAAUAAUGCGAUUGGUUGUCGUGGUCAUGUGGUACUCGCCCAUCGGAAUCCCUUCUCUCAUAGUGAAUAAGAUCCUGGAAAUCAAGGACAUGUAUACCGUCGCCCAACAACUCGGUCUUUACAUGUUGACAGUCAUCGCCGGUUUGAUCGUCCACGCCACUCUAACUCUUCCUCUCAUCUAUUGGACUGUCACCCGCAAAAACCCGCUCACAUUCUUCCGCGGAAUGCUUCAGGCCUGGGUCACGGCUUUGGGAACUGCUUCUUCUGCGGCAACACUUCCCGUGUCUUUUCGAUGCCUCGAAGAGAAUCUUCAUAUCGACAAAAGAGUCACGCGAUUUGUUCUGCCAGUUGGCGCCACCGUCAAUAUGGACGGGACGGCGCUCUACGAGGCAGUGGCCGCCAUCUUCAUCGCGCAAAUGAAUGCCAUGGAAUUCACGGUCGGCCAAAUCGUCAUCGUGUCUCUGACCGCAACCGCCGCCUCUAUUGGCGCGGCUUCCGUGCCGUCGGCCGGUCUGGUCACUUUACUUUUAGUUUUAACGGCUUUAGGACUUCCGACGAAAGACAUUUCAAUGAUUUUGGCCGUCGAUUGGUUUCUAGACCGAAUCAGAACUUCAAUCAACGUUUUGGGCGACGCUUACGGCGCAGGCGUUGUUUUCCAUUUAUCUAAAGCCGAAUUAGACAAAUGGGACCAGGAUCACCUGGAAAUGACGGAAUCGGUUCCACAAACGAGAAAACUCUCAAUCAUGUCGCCGUCGCGGUCGUCGGCUCCGAACGCGCGAAACCCCGAGACCGAGAUCUGACCACAUCUGGCCAUCGUCUAUGCACUUUCGCGCACUUUUAGAA